AUGGCGACGCUGCGACUUCUGAUGCGCAGCACCUCGGCGCGACCGGUGCUCCCCUCGAAAGCCCAACAGCACCCCUACCGUCGACUCCAAGCCAUUUCUGCCGCCCACCGUUCUUUCACUGCGAGCAGCUACUUCCGAGAUGGUCGUGACAAGAGCAAGGCUGAGGGAGAGUCCAAGUCACUUCUGGAUGCCAUAGAGGAGAGCUCCAACGAGAGUGCCAAGGGAGAGGACAAGGACGGCUUGAACAAGACAAGCUCUUCCGCCGGCAAACCGUCCUCGACCUCCAAGAUCCACAGAUCCAGCGGCUCCAGCUCGUCCGCCAACUCUUCUUUCAACGACAUCGACGAGGACUGGGAGGCUAACCCCAACUGGAAUAUCAAGAACUUCAAGGAGUUGCCGCACAAGAACUUUGGCGUUAACCAGCAUAUCGUCAUCAACGCCGAGUUCAAGGAGGCCUUGCGCCAGAUUCCCUGGCAGUUCCGCGCCCCCGUCCGCUACUGCUUUGCAUACGGCUCCGGCGUCUUCCCACAGAGCAAGCCUGACGGCCGCGUUGCUUCGCCCGAGGAAAUCGCGCGCGUCCAUCCCAAGGCGCCUCCUGCGGUUCAGAAGGCCCAGGAUGGCACUCCCAAGAUGAUCGAUUUCAUCUUCGGCGUGACCUUCACCCAGCAUUGGCAUAGUCUGAACAUCAACCAGCAUCGGGAUCACUACAGUGGACUGGCGAGCUUGGGCUCUGGUGCUGUGUCGUAUGUACAGGACAAGAUGGGCGCGGGCGUGUACUUCAACACGCACGUCGUGGUCAAUGGCAUUCUGAUCAAGUACGGCGUCGUCAACAUCGACGCCCUAUGCCAUGACCUGACCGAAUGGGAUACGCUGUACCUGGCUGGUCGAUUGCAUAAGCCCGUCAAGAUCCUGCGUGACGAUGCACGUGUGCGUCUCGCCAACCAGAUGAACCUUUUGUCGGCGCUGCGCACCGCCCUUCUGCUCCUCCCGGAUCGCUUCACAGAACUGGAGCUAUACAAUACGAUCGCAGGCAUCAGCUAUCUCGGUGAUCCGCGCAUGACGCUGCCCACCGAGAACCCGCAAAAGGUUAGCAAUAUCGUGGGCAACAACUUGCCCAACUUUCGGCGCCUGUACACCCCCUUGAUCGAGAAUCUGUCCAACGUCGAGUUUGACGACCCACGCUGUACCGAACCCCACUGGGAAUGGGACGAAGGCGCGAACCUCAAGCUCUACCAGGACAUGGACCCCAUCAAGCGCGGCAACAUGGUUCGCAGACUCCCAAAGGCGUUCCGCUCGCGGCUAUACUUCCAGUACCAGAAGAAGUUUGCUAUUCCGCAGCUCGAGUUCGACGAGAUGAUGGCAGCCGACGCGUCGUCGUCGUCCAGCAAGAAGCGGCCUGCUGGUGGGGCGGGUGGCGCAUCUGGAGGCGGGUUCGAGACCAGGAUUGCGCAGGAUGACCCCGCGGAUCUGCGACAAAAUGUCCGGCGCGUCAUCAAGCAGACGAUCGGUUGGCCCAGCACCACGCAGAGCUUGAAGGGCUUGCUGACGGGCGGCGUGAGGAAGAGCUUUGGGUAUGUGUGGGAGAAGGUCGAGAAGUAUCGCGCCGGCCAGAAGAAGGCGGCAGCGGCGACGACCAAGGAUGCGAGUGAGAAGAAGGAUGCCGACAAGAAGAAGCCGGCCAGCUCGGAGCCUAAGCCUGACAAAACAGAGAACAACGAGUGA